UCAAGGAGAGCAGCAGAGCCGUUUUUAAUCAACCGUGAGCUAGCCCCCGUCUGCAUCAUUUCAUCAAGGUUGACCAAUGGCGUUUCUGGGAGAAUUAUUGCGUGUGACGAGGAGCAUCGGCAGCCGGAAGAUGAUGGAGGGGAAGAGCCACGACGGGUCGGGGUCGUGGCGGCAGGCACCGGCUCCUGUGAGGCAGCUGUUCUGGAGGGUGAGGCGCGCCAUGCUGCGGCCGAAGCGCCAAGCCGUGAGCUUCGGGUACGACCUCAAGAGCUACUCCCACAACUUCGAUGAUGGCAUCGUCCCCGCCCACCGCCUCUAGCUAGCGACACCUGCAGGGUCCUCUUCUUCUUCUUCUUCUUCUUCUUCUUCUUCUUCUUCUUCUUCUUCUCAAUUUUACUUGCUGCCUGACCGGACCAUGGCUCGUGGCUGAAGAGUUUGAAGCGUCCUCACCUUGUGAUUUGCUCCUCUAGUUCGGCUACGAGUGUAUAUUACUGUAGUGUUCAAUGUUCAUACACAAGUUGCUUACUGUUGAAAGUCUGAAACUAGGAUGAAAUGACAGUGUAUCUAUGUGCUUUUAUGUACAGUCUGCAAGCCGUGUCACUUGCCACAGUGG